UAGCUAUAAGCACUCUAGCUAGCUAGUUAAGUAGCUAUAAGCACGCUAGCUAGCUAGUUAAGUAGCUAUAAACACUAGCUAGAUAGUUAAGUAGCUAUACUCUCUCUAGCUAGCUAGGUAAGUAGCUAUAAACUCUAGCUAGCUAGUUAAGUAGCUAUAAGCACUCUAGCUAUCUAGUUAAGGAGCUAUAAGCACUCUAGCUAGUUAGUUAAGUAGCUAUAAGCACUCUAGCUAGCUAGUUAAGUAGCUAUAAAAACUCUAGCUAGCUAGUUAAGUAGCUAUAAGCACUCUAGUUAGCUAUUUAGGUAGCUAUAAGCACUCUAGCUAGCUAGUUAAGUAGCUAUAAGCACUCUAGUUAGCUAUUUAAGUAGCUAUAAGCACUCUAGCAGGCUAGUUAAGUAGCUAUAAACACUCUAGUUAGCUAUUUAAGUAGCUAUAAGCACUCUAGCUAGUUAGAUAAGUAGCUAUAAGCACGCUAGCUAGCUAGCUGUCAUGGGAGAAAGCAGUCCGCCGUCUCCGACGCUGCACUUGGAUCUCGACAACUUUGAUACGACGGACGCCGAGGACAGUACGUAUGUUUUAACCAGUCCGCGGUCAUUGGAAUCAUGUGCAAGACUCGGCGUCAAACCCGUUCAACUUUUAAUAAAAUCUCUAAGCGAUUUCGUUGAUGACAACGUAAACCCAGAGAUCCCGUUUAAGGCAAUGACGGUUCUCUACGAGGCGUACGAAAAGGAAGGCAGGGGGAUUUUACAGCUGUGCCGUGAAGAGAGAGAGAAGAUUCUUUUAGAAACGGAAGAAAGACGACCGUCUCUUAAACUGUCUGCCCUCGAAACUGUCGUCGAGGUAGAAAGUCGGAACUCUCUCGAAGAUCCCAAAUCAAGAGAGGACUCCUGUGAUGGUAGAACGCAAAAUAAUCCAUCUGUGGACGACAGCCCCAGAAGGAAAUCUGUGAGCAAUGGCAGGUCCUCCUAUUCUGCUGCUAUCACCAGAAAACAAAACAGAAACAGCUUGAGACCAACUGACAAGAACAUGAUGGUGUCCAGCCUAAGUCUUGGUGACCUCCGACACUCCCCAGCCACAGAAAGACAGUUGGAGAGGCUCACUCGAGACGUCCGGAAGAAGAUGAAUGUCACAGUCCCAGAGAAAGACCGUAAGAUAGCUGCUCUGAUGUUGGUGAAGCACCAAGAGAAGCAGACCAGGCUGAUGCUGAGCCAGCAGGAGGAGCAGGAGAGAGAGGAGGCCCGGAGGCAGGAGGAGGUGCGACGGGUCCAGGCGGAGCGCAGGAGGAAGGAGGAGCUGGAGAAGAGCAUGCAGCGGUGGCAGGAUGGGCUGGAGGCGCGGAGGAGGCAGAAGGAGCGCCAGGAGAAGGAGUUGGCCGGUCAGCGCGAGCAGGAGGUGCUACUGCGGGAGGAUCGCUGGAGGAGGCUCACAGAGGAGCAGGAGGUGCGGAAAAGAGACAAGAAAGAGAUGGCGAGGAGAGAAGCGGAGGAGCGCAAAUGCCUCCAGGAGCAGCUGCUCAAAGACAUGGAGCGUCUGGAGCAGGCAGGGAGAGAGAAGGAGGAGCAGCUGUCGCAGGAGAAGGAGCAGAGGGCCAGGAGGAGCAGGGCGAUCCGAGAGAGGAGGGAGAGGAAGAGGCUCCAACAAGAGAACCAGGGGGAACAUCUCAGAUGCCUCCUCCUGAAGCGGGAGGUGCAGCAGCAGUUGGAGGAGGAGGAGGCGCUGAUGAGGAGUGCCCUGGAGGAGAAACUGCAGCGCUCCUGGGAGAAGAGGGCCCAGGCAGUGGCGUUGCGGCUCACGGAGCUGCAGGAGAGAUCGGCCAGGGAGGAGGAGCAGAUCCAGAGGGCCCAGCUCCGAGCCUCCUGGCACAGCAAACAGCAGCUCAGAGAGAAAGAGGUACUGGCCCAGCUGAGUCAGCGUCGUAUGGAGCAGGCAAGCCAGAACGCUCACACCCAGAGGAGGAGCAGGGCACAGCGGGCACAGCAGGAAAACAUGGAGAGACUCCUCUGCCACCAGCGCCUCCUAGACAGUGUACAGAGAGAGGAGGAGACUGAGAGACAGCUGAGAGAAUGCUGCCUCUCCCUGAAGGAGCGUCGGAGGGAGCGUCUGCAGAGGCAGAGAGAGGAGGUGCAGGAGGAGGCUCGUAGAGUGGCUCGCGCCUCCUUCCAUAUGAGGGAGAAGGUGAGGGAGGCGACGGACGGCAGGACUUUCCACCAGAUGGCUCUGCAGGCUCAGCUCGCUGCCUCCCUGCUGGACCGUGGAAAAAUAUGAACAUUCAUCUGUGUUUUUACAUUCAGCACGACACACAAAUACUAAAGACAUGUAGAACAAACCACUACACACAAAUACUAAGAGAUGUAGAACAAACCACGACACACAAAUACUAAGAGAUGUAGAACAAACCACUACACACAAAUACUAAAGACAUGUAGAACAAACCACGACACACAAAUACUAAAGACAUGUAGAACAAACCACUACACACAAAUACUAAGAAAUGUAGAACAAACCACGACACACAAAUACUAAGAGAUGUAGAACAAACCACGACACACAAAUACUAAGAGACGAGUACAAAUUGAUAGGGCCCGGUUCAGAUAUGAGCUACAACAAAGCUUGUAAAUGGCCUGGGCUGCUUUGCUACAUUCAUGUUUGUUAUGUUAAUACCUUGGAUUCUUCCAUUGGCAAGUAAAUACGAGGUGCUACUUCUGAAACAAUAGAUCUAUUGAGGUAUUCUUCAAAGUGUUUGGAUUGCUUUGUAAGGGAAUGAUGAGCUUAGACUAGUUUAGGUAACUUGCUGAUAUCAAUUUGACUUGCAGACAAUCCUGGUCUUGAAUGUAGGCCGGAACUAGAUUUAACUACACACAUAAAAUAUACUGUCUCUGGGAAUAGUUAUGGUAUAAUAAAUAUGUACUGUAGUUCUACUGUAGUUGUACUGUAUUUCUGUAGUUCUACUGUAGUUGUACUGUAUUUCUGUAGUUCUACUGUAGUUGUACUGUAUUUCUACUGUAGUUAUACUGUAGUUGUACUGUAUUUCUGUAGUUGUACUGUAUUUCUGUAGUUGUACUGUAUUUCUGUAGUUAUACUGUAGUUGUACUGUAUUUCUACUGUAUUUCUACUGUAGUUGUACUGUAUUUCUGUAGUUCUACUGUAGUUGUACUGUAUUUCUGUAGUUCUACUGUAGUUGUACUGUAUUUCUGUAGUUCUACUGUAGUUGUACUGUAUUUCUGUAGUUCUACUGUAGUUGUACUGUAUUUCUGUAGUUGUACUGUAUUUCUGUAGUUGUACUGUAUUUCUGUAGUUAUACUGUAGUUGUACUGUAUUUCUACUGUAGUUCUGUAUUUCUACUGUAGUUAUACUGUAUCUGUACUGUAGUUCUACUGUAUUUCUGUAGUUAUACUGUAUUUCUACUGUAGUUCUACUGUUUCUGUAGUUAUACUGUAUUUCUACUGUAGUUGUACUGUAUUUCUGUAGUUAUACUGUAUUUAUACUGUAUUUCUACUGUAGUUGUACUGUAUUUCUGUAGUUAUACUGUAUGUAUACUGUAGUUAUACUGUAGUUCUACUGUACAUUUUUACUGUAGUUUAAAUGGGAUCUAUUUUUUCAAGAUCAUUUUUCUGAUAUAGAUUUUAUUAUUUAUUUAUUAUUAAAGUGUCAAAACAGACAUUGUUUUACUAUUGUAUCGUUGCUCAGGAAAAUGUUUAUACACUUUAUUCCAGUAUUUCUCUAGUGAUUUAUUUGUUGUUGUAACAUCUAGAUCCUGAAAAUGUAUUUUUUUGUUACAUCUUUAAUAAAGAUUUUCUCGUGUAA